CCAUUUUUAUUUUAUUUUUUUAUUUUUGGUUUUUCGAGACAGGGUUUCUCUGUGUAGCCCUGGCUGUCCUGUAACUCACUCUGCAGACCAGGCUGGCCUCAGACUCCACAGAGAUCUGCCUGCCUCUGCCUCCGGAGUGCUGGAAUUAAAGGUGUGCCCCACAGCCAUCCGACUGUCUCCAUUUUUAGGCUAUUACAUUAUAAGUCUAUGACCUGCCUGGGUCAUUCCUCUCUGUGGGCACCGUGAUGCUACCGGGAAGCUGCUGGCCCAGCACUUCUGUCCCUGGAACUCUUCAUGCAACUCUUCAUGGUGUGUUACAGCAAUGGAGGUGGCUUAUCUGGAGCCACUGGGAUAGGCAGUUCCAGCGUGGAGGCUAUGUACCAGUACUUUCUCACGGGCGAAGAUAAUUAAAACAUGUAUCCUAUCCUCAAGGCACUCAUAGUCAAAUGCAUGAAUGGUGGGCCAACAGAAUAAAUUACCUAGGUAAGUUUUACUCCCCUGGUUUCUUAGCACCGAAGCGAAGGCGCAAAGGUGCAUCUUCACCUGUGUUUGGAAACAGACAGGCACAUCUGGCCACAGCAGCUCCACUCGCAUCUCGAAGAACUCGAUUUCCCAUGGUGACUUGUGUGAGUGGGCAGUUACUAGAGAAAAGAGGGAGAGAAGGAAGGCUGGGUGACAUCUCUUAAGUCCGAAGUGGCCCCUUGGCAGGGAAUUCCGUGUUGGAGUUCAGGUGUGAGAACCAUCCAGCCCUGACGGACCACGGACCACCGGCAUGAAGACAAAGGGACUUGUGGGGCCAGUUAGUAAUGUGGCAACUGAAGAGGCUCUUAAGCCGGGCAGGGUGGUGCAUUCUUUGGGAAGCAGAGACAGGUGGAUCUUGGUGAGUUUGAGGCCAGCCUAGUUUACAAGGCAAGUUCCCGGACAGCCAGGACUACAGGCUAGGCGAGCCCUGUACCCCCCGCCCAACUAGAUGGAGGGUGAGGGAAUUCCCUUACUCCUCAAUGUCAUCUGUGGCCACAAAGAGGAGGUCCUAACAGGGCAGAGGCAAUGAGAACCCUGAUAUUCUGGAGGACAUGCAAAGUGACACAUUUGGGGAUUAAGUAGGAAGGGCUCUUCUUGUUGGAGUGAGUCAGGAGGAGAGAUCUGAAAAACAUGGAGAGGGAAAUACUCUUGACAGUAUUUAAAACAGCGCUGAAUUCCUGAAGCCCGUAUGGAGGGCUUGCUUCAGAUGUAUGCCAUCUUAUUGAAUUCUCCAGUAACUAGGCAAGGGUAGAAGCUUGGGUCCUGACCCGGGGCUGGUCUGAUCCUGCAGGCUCUCCUGGGCUGAGGUGACUCUGGCUAACAGACCAGUGUCUUCCCACCACAUCAGCUAGUGCUGGCGGCAGGGCGACUGUGAACAUUUGCGGGGAGAAACAAGCAUUUGUUUUGGAGUAUUUUUCCACUGCUUUCCAAUGGCCUCGGGAGUGGAUGCGGGGUUUGUACGCACACGUGUGUCGCGGUCACAGGACUGCUUCCCAGACUGCAAGGCGCAGGAGCUCAGCAGCGGCUCCAGGCACGAGAAGCAGCCGGGCUGGACUAGGGAGCCGCUGGUGGGAGGGGAAGUGCCAUUGUGACCUACCCAGGUCCCUCCCCUCCGCGGGUACUGUGAUGCUGCAGGGCAACUGCUGGCCCAGCAUGUCUGUCUCAGGCCCCCUCCCUCACAGUGUGUCACAACCGCGGAGGCGGCCGUAUCUGGAGCAGUUGGGGUGGGCAGGCCCAGCUGGGAGGCGAGCGGGCGAAGAGAGCGGCCACGAUGGUGAGACUUCCCCGCCGGGGCUGGCCGGGGACGCGCGCAGGUGCCGGGGCAGAGAGCUGCGGGGCCACCGGGUAGCUGUGGAGUGGUUUUGGAUCUACUGGGCUCCAAGUCUCCUGGAGGGGCUGUGGAGGGAAUGCAUAUCAGUCCAUGUGGGUCAAGCGGGAGUUCAGAUUGGCAAUGCCUGCUGGGAGCUCUUCUGUUUGGAGCAUGGUAUCCAGGCGGAUGGGACCUUUGGCACUCAGGCCAGCAAGAUCAACGACGACGACUCCUUCACCACAUUUUUCAGUGAGACUGGCAACGGAAAACAUGUGCCCCGGGCUGUCAUGGUGGACCUGGAGCCUACAGUAGUAGACGAGGUGCGGGCAGGGACCUACCGCCAGCUCUUCCACCCUGAGCAGCUGAUCACAGGGAAGGAGGAUGCAGCUAACAAUUACGCCCGCGGACACUAUACGGUGGGCAAGGAGAGCAUCGAUCUGGUGCUGGACCGGAUCCGUAAACUGACUGAUGCCUGCUCCGGCUUGCAGGGUUUCCUGAUCUUCCACAGUUUUGGUGGGGGCACAGGCUCUGGCUUCACUUCUCUGCUGAUGGAACGCCUUUCUCUUGAUUAUGGCAAGAAGUCCAAGCUAGAAUUUGCCAUCUACCCAGCCCCACAGGUCUCCACAGCAGUGGUGGAGCCCUAUAACUCCAUCCUGACCACCCAUACCACUCUGGAACACUCUGAUUGUGCUUUCAUGGUGGACAAUGAAGCCAUCUACGACAUCUGCCGCAGGAACCUGGAUAUUGAGCGCCCCACCUAUACCAACCUCAACCGCCUCAUCAGCCAGAUUGUCUCCUCCAUCACGGCCUCUCUCCGCUUUGAUGGAGCCCUCAACGUGGACCUCACAGAGUUCCAGACCAACCUGGUACCCUACCCCCGAAUCCACUUCCCGCUGGUCACUUACGCACCCAUCGUCUCUGCCGAGAAAGCCUACCACGAGCAGCUGUCUGUGGCAGAGAUAACCAGCUCUUGCUUCGAGCCCAACAGCCAGAUGGUGAAAUGUGACCCACGUCACGGCAAAUACAUGGCCUGCUGCAUGCUCUACCGUGGUGAUGUGGUACCCAAGGAUGUGAAUGUCGCCAUUGCUGCCAUCAAGACCAAGAGAACUAUUCAGUUUGUUGACUGGUGUCCCACAGGCUUCAAGGUGGGCAUUAACUACCAGCCACCUACUGUCGUGCCAGGAGGAGACCUGGCCAAAGUCCAGCGAGCAGUAUGCAUGCUGAGCAACACCACAGCAAUCGCAGAGGCCUGGGCCCGCCUUGACCAUAAGUUCGACCUCAUGUAUGCCAAACGGGCCUUUGUACAUUGGUAUGUUGGAGAGGGAAUGGAAGAAGGAGAAUUUUCUGAGGCCAGGGAGGACCUGGCUGCUCUGGAGAAGGAUUAUGAAGAAGUGGGGACUGAUUCGUUUGAAGAAGAAAAUGAGGGGGAGGAAUUUUAAAUAUACACUUGCCCCAUGACUAU